UUCCCUGCCUCGAUCUGCAGAAGUAAGAAUUUCUCUAUAUUGUAUUUGUUUGUUUAGUUCGUGAGUUCGAUUAAUUAAUUCCAUGGCGAGGAAUAUGAGUAGUGGUAAUGAAUCCAGAUGCGCUUAUUCUUUGUCUUCUUUCGACCAGAGGCUUGCCCUAGCCAAACGCUGUUCUCGCGAGGGUGUAAUGGCAGGAGCUAAGGCUGCAGCUGUCGCUACUAUUGCUACUGCUAUCCCCACUGUUGCAAGUGCAAGGAUGCUGCCAUGGGCGAAAGCUCACCUGAAUCCCACCGCUCAGGCACUCAUCGUCUCCACCGUCGCCGGAAUGGCAUACUUCAUAGUCGCCGACAAGACUGUCCUGGCCACCGCCCGCCGGAACUCCUUCACCUCCGCCCAUUCAAGCAAUAACUGAUAAACGGCGCCGCCGUCGAUAGUGUCUCCGUUUGAGAGAAGACAACGUUGUAACUUGCUCGUCAAUGCCUAUGAUAUUAUGAUAAUAUGAAAAUUAAAUUUACCUGUCA